AUGCCUUCCUCUAAGUUGGUGUACAAUUGGUACAUCAGUUUGGUCGCUGCGUCAUGCAUGGUUCUUUACGGAUACGAUGCGUCUGUCUUCAACGCCGUUCAGGGUUCGAAGAACUGGGUGGCCUACUUCAACAAGCCUAACACCCAGAUCAUUGGAGCCAUCAAUACAUCAUACACUGUCGGUGCCGUUGUUGCGGGUUUCUUCCUAGGAGGACCACUGGCCGAUUAUGCUGGACGACGUGUGGGUAUGGCUGUCGGAGCUGCUUUCGUUAUCGUUGCAACAUUCAUGCAGACCUUCUCUCCAAGGGGCAACAUUGCUUGCUUCAUUGGCGGUCGUGUCCUCAUCGGUAUCGGUCAAGGUCUUGCCCUGACUGCUGGUCCCAUCUACAUUGGCGAGCUUGCACCUUCGGCAAUCCGUGGACAGGUCAUGUCUUUCUGGCAGAUGUUCUACUCGGUCGGUUCAUUCAUCGCCUACUGGGUCAACUAUGCCUGCAGCAAGAACGUCCCCAAGCUUGGCGAGUGGGACUGGAAGAUGGUUGUCCUCUUCCAGCUCCUCAUGCCCAUCGCCAUUAUCGCCCAAGUUUUCUUCAUCCCCGAGACACCCCGUUGGUACAUCCAGCACGGCAACCGCAUCGAGGAUGCUCGCCGUUCGCUUCAGCGUGUGCGAGACACCGAGGAGGAGGUUGAGGCCGAGUUGUUGACCAUUCGUGAGGCCAUCGAGUUCGAGGCUGAGGCCAUCUCUUCCGGUUACUCCGCCCUCUGGAAGGACAAGUCCGUUCGCAAGCGAAUGUACCUUUGCCUUAUUCUCAACGCUGGACAACAGGUUACUGGCCAAGGAACCUUGAACACCUACUCGACAAUUGUGUACAAGAAGGUCUUCAAGAGCGCUUCUACCAUCGCUCUUAUCAACGCUCUCAACGCCACCUUCGGUAUUCUCUUCACAUUGAACGCCACAUGGACGGUCGAUCGCUUCGGUCGUAAGUUCCUGUUCAUCGUCGGUGCUGUCGGUAUGGCCAUCUGCAUGAUUGUCGUCGCAACUGUCGAAACCCAAACACCCACGAUUGAUGGCGCGAAGUCGUUAUCCGUAGGCAUAGCGAUUGUCUUCCUGAUGUUCCUGUUCGCCUUCUUCUACAAGCCUUCUUGGGGAGCAACCACCUGGAUCUUCACCUCCGAGAUCUUCUCCAUGAACGUUCGUGCCCAGGCCGUCGGCAUGUGCUCGCAGACCCAGAACGUCGCCAACUCCAUCGUCCAACAAUUCUUCCCUACCUUCCUCAAGAACGAGGGCUUCUACGCUUUCUACAUGUUCGGCGGUAUCAACGUAUUGCUCGCGGUCUUCGUGUGGUUCUUCAUCCCUGAGACCAAGAAGGUCAGCCUCGAGGAGAUCGAUACCUUGUUCGGUGGCUCGAACCACGUCGAGAAGGGUGCGGAGAUCGUUAACUUCGAUGAGAAGCAGGCCAGGGUACACAGUGUGGAGCUUGAUGGCGAGAACAAGCCAGUCACUACGACGACAGAGCACAGGAACUAA